UAUCUUUUGAAAAUAUACUUAUAUAUAUAUACAAUUUCUUAUUUGGUUCAUACGCCACAUGGAAUAAAAUAGUAGUUAAUAUGGCACCAAAAAUAUUUUCAAAUUAUAAACUCACGGUAGAAAUCCCUCUUCUAUUGGUAUAUUUUGCUUUUAUGAUGUAUGCUGGAAUUGUGACCAACUUGAUUUCAUUUAAAACAUGCUAUACUUUGGAAAACUACCCAAAAGAAAAUUGUUCGCGAUUAGGAUGGGAAAAAGAUGACGCAACACAGGAAUUAGAAAAGAAAGUACAGUCUAAAUCUACUUAUGUUCUUACUAUCACAGAAAUGAUUCCCUCAUCUCUGCCAAUUAUAAUUUCUCUGGGAGUAGGCGCUUGGUCAGACAAGCAUGGAAGAAGACCUGCUUUGAUCUUCACGCUUGCUAGUCUUUCUGUUGGAUUUCUUUCAUAUGUGGUUAUCCUAUUAUUUGAUGAGCUUAAUCCAUACUACAUGCUGAUCGGAGCAAUACCAGCUAUGGUGUGUGGAGGCCCACUUGCCUUUUUUAGUAUAGCAAUAUCUGUCAUGAAUGAUGUGGCUACAGAAGAAAAUCGAGGUGUAACGAUGGCAGUGUUUGAGGUUAUAAUGGUAUUUUGUACGUGUUUUGGAACUUUAAGCAGCACCCCUCUAUUAUAUGUUACAAGCUAUGCUGCAGUCGGUGGUUUGUGCGGCGUUCUAAUACUACUAGCUACCAUCUAUACAUACUUUUGGGUACCAGAGUCAUUAAAAAUCGACCAUAAUAAUAAAGCGACAUUGUCAAAUGUAUUCACGUGCAAAAACUUAACAGAAUUAUUCGUAGUUGCUGGUACAAAAAGACCGAACAACAAAAGAUAUAUUUUGUUAACUUGGCUUAGUAUUUUGUUUAUACUAAAUACAGUAAAUACAGGAGACGGCAAUGUAAAAACUAUGUAUCUACGAAAUAUAUUUGGAUGGUCUCAGACCGACAAAAAUGUAUUUACUAGUUGGUCUAGCGUAAUUGGAAUGGGGGGUACAAUUAGUUUGAUGUUCAUACUCUACAAAAAACUACAGAUACAAGAAGCGUCUUUAGUUAUUCUUGGAUUUAUUAGUGCUAUUGGUUCUUCGCUUGUUUAUGCAUUGGCAACAGAAAACUGGCAUAUUUAUACAACUGUCUUCAUUGGAAUAUGCGGAGGAAUCAUUAAUCCUAUGAUAAGAACUUCAAUAGCAAAGAUUUUACCCCGAGAGGAAAUGGGAAAAAUAUUCUCUUUAAUUACUGUAGUUAAUAGUCUUCUGCAGAUGGUGGGUGGACUUGCAUUUAGUCUUAUUUAUACCCAGACCAAGUCAGGAGUGUUUAAUUAUGUAUCUAUUGGAUUGGAUGUGGUAGCUAUUACACUUGUAUUGAGCAUUAUAUUAGUGAGCAGCCGAUCGAAUGAACCAGAAAGUGUUGCCGCUAAAGAGGGCGCUCAUAAAAACCAAACGGAUUUAGAGUCCGGUGAUGAAAAAACUGAUCAGGAGCUGAUAUAAACAUGCUAGUUUAUUAUUAAACAUUAUAUAAGUAUUUAUUUAAAACAAAUUUUUUUAUAUUACCAGUAUAUUUUUUAUAUU